AUGACUGCCGCUGAAGUAAGACAUAGGGUAUUACAAGUGACGGAUGCAAGGAAAAGACUUUUAGAUCUCAUACAAUAUGCUCAGAGGAAUAGUAUAGGUCUUCGUUUACAUGGAGGAGACAUAAGUGAUUAUUUUAAAGUGUUAGUACGACAUUUGCUUCGGCUCUCCAAGAGUCUUACCCAUCCACAUAGGAAAAGGGCAAGAAUCUUAUUGUUUUCAUUAGUUACAGCCGUGGGGACAGUAUUUUUGACGGGUUCUUAUUAUAUGAGGAAAACCUACAAGAGACUGAGGUCAUAUUCUCAGUCAAAACCCCCACUUUUGAGAAGAACUAGAUCUCAGACUCGUUUGGAAAGUGGUGCUAGGAUCAUGUAUAUUUCAGAGGAUAAAGUUUCGGAAGAAGAUCAAGAUGAUCGUAGUGGUGCUCCUGUUAGGCAUCUUGAUGGUGUUAGUAGUGAAAGAUUGGGACGUACUAAGAAAAUAUUCAUUCCCAAACGUGACGGCGAUGUUUUUGAAAGGGACAAGUACCUUUUCAAGUCAGUUGAAACCUCGUAUGAACCUCAUUCACAGUUGUUUUAUUCAAAAUUUUUAAAUCAGAUGAGUGCAUUGAUUAAAAUUCUAAUACCGUCAUGGUUGGAUAAAAACGUUGCCUUACUCUCAUUACAAGUUUUCUUUCUCAUAAUGAGAACUUGGUUAUCUCUCUUCGUUGCUCGGUUAGAUGGUCAAAUCGUUAAGGAUGUUAUUGCCGGUAGGGGUAAGGGGUUUUUAGCAGAUUUGGCUUGUUGGUUCAUCAUCGCAUUACCAGCAUCUUAUACCAAUGGUGCUAUUAAGUUCUUACAGAGGAAAUUAAGUUUAAAUUUUAGGGUUUAUUUGACUCGUUAUAUCCAUGACAUGUAUCUGGAUGAGAGGUUGGCCUUUUACAAAUUGAUAUUUGACACGCAAUCCGAUAGUAGUGUGAUUAAGAAUAUUGAUAAUUCAAUCACUAACGAUGUGACCAAAUUUUGUGAUGCCUUUUGUUCAGUAUUCGCCGAUAUUGCUAAGCCGGUUAUUGAUUUGGUAUUCUUUGCCGUGUAUCUACGUGAUAAUUUGGGGACGUUUGGUGUUGUAGGUAUUUUUGCCAACUAUUUCCUCACUGGUUAUAUUUUAAGGAAGUAUACUCCACCAUUAGGUACACUGGCAAGCCAUAAAUCUAGUGCUGAAGGGGACUUCUACAACUAUUUGUUAAACAUGUCGAGUAACAAUGAGGAAAUUGCAUUUUAUCAGGGGACAGAGGUGGAAAGGGCUAAAGUUACGGAAUUGUACAGCAAUUAUUUCGAUAAUUCCCUUCAAAUUGAUCAAAGCAAAUUUAAUUACACAAUGAUGGAGGACUAUAUUCUCAAAUAUACUUGGUCUGCAUUGGGAUAUGUGUUUGCAUCUAUCCCCAUUGUAAUUUCAACAUUGUCAUCGAAAGAAAAUUUGGAAAAUAGUAACAUGAGAGAUUUUAUCGUCAAUAAAAGAUUAAUGCUUUCGUUAGCGGAUGCUGGUUCCAGAUUAAUGCAUUCUAUAAAGGAUAUUUCACAAUUAACCGGUUAUACCAAUCGAGUUUUUGUCCUAUUAGGUGCCCUGCAUAGAGUUCAUUUCAGAAGAUUUAAUUACGGUGCCUUCGUGGGGAUGGAAAUGGGGUACGGUGAUUCUAAGGAUAUGGUUCGUGGUACUGUACAAAGAAACUUUCAUGGUAUUAGAUUUGAAAAUAUUGACAUUAUCAUUCCAUCCAGAAGAGCUGGUAGAGGUGCCAAACUGAUUGGUACAUUAACGUUUCAAAUUCCAUCAGUCAUUGAACCAUCAUCUAAAUCUUCAUCCAUUCAAGACUUCAAGAAAAACUUCGAUCCUAACGUGCCCCUAAUCGAUAGUACUGGUGCUUCACUAUUGAUUUUAGGUCCCAACAGUUGUGGUAAAAGUUCCAUCCAACGUAUUAUUACAGAGGUGUGGCCAGUCUACAACAAAAAUGGAUUGUUAUCGAUUCCAGCCCCAAGCAAUCUUUUCUGUGUUCCACAGAGACCUUAUUUUACUAGAGGUGGUACUUUUAGGGAUCAAAUCAUAUACCCAAUGUCUUCCGAUGAAUUUUUCGAUAGAGGGCUUAAGGAUAAAAAUCUUGCACGAAUUCUUAAAGAGGUCCACCUAGAUUAUCUGCUGGACAGAGAAAUAGGUUGUUCAUAUAUGGAUGCAGUGGCGGAUUGGAAAGAUGUUUUAAGUGGUGGUGAAAAGCAAAGAAUGAAUUUUGCACGUAUUCUUUUCCACAGACCAAGAUUUGUAGUAUUAGAUGAAGCUACCAAUGCGAUCAGUGUGGAUAUGGAAGAUUACCUUUUCAAUCUUUUAAAAAGAUACAGGUUUAAUUUCAUUACAAUUUCACAAAGACCAAGUUUAAUCAAAUACCAUGACAUGCUGUUAGAGGUCGAUAGUAGUGGUUCAUGGCAACUACAAGCAUUGGGUACUGUAGAGGCUAUUACAUCUAUCGAUCAUGAACUCGAUAAUUUAAAGGGCAAGUUAGCCGAUGUGGUAAAGUUGGAAGAAGAACGUAAAGCACUAAGACAAAAGCUGGAAGUAUCUUAA